AUGCCAUCAGUGGGAGUCAUAUUGAAAGGCAUUUUUGCCCGUAUUUUCUACGUGAUCCACGGUUUGCUCUGCGUUUGGAGACUGACUGAUGUCAAUGGGAAUAUGUAUUUCUGGGCGGUUAUAGUACCAGUAUUACUCUUGCCGUUGGAGAUGGUGAUUACUAUGAUGGUUAACAAAACAAAAGGAGAGUGGAAAUGGGUGUGUCCCAGUAUUUUCCUGUUUUUAUGUUGUUCUGUGACGUCAAUUUAUUUAAUGGAAGUGGAAUUGAUGGAGGAUAGAAUCGAAUACAGAGAUGAUAACAAUCUACAGUCAUGUGAUAUAGAAGAAUCAGAUCUCUAUGCCAACCAGAGCGAACUAUUAGACAUCCAAGGAGUGACAAUACCAAUCGCGUUUACCAGCGACUAUUGGGUUCUGACGCUGGAACAAAUGUUGCUGUGUAUCGUUAUAAUCGGUCGUUGGUUUUUACCGAAGGGGAGCCUAACACGGGAACAGUUGUCAUCGUUACUCUUAACAUACAUAGGUAUAGCAGCCGACAUCUUAGAAUUCCUGUUAGAAGGAUUGAAGGAACCGCAGGUAAAAUGCGAUCGUUUUGUAGUCUAUUGUAUUCUCAGCUUAUGGGCAAUUAGCAUGGCGCAGUUUGCGGUGGUACGAACGGCCAGUAACACCGAGAAGAAAGGAGGCGACGAAAAGAAGAGACAAUGCUGCACAUGUUGUAACAGCGAAGUGCGCGGUAUUAUGAUCUCUUCGUUGAUGCAAGAUCUACCAUUCUUGGUAAUGCGUCUGACGCUGUUACUUUAUUACAAAGUGGUGAAUCAUAUGAUGGUGUUCUUCACGUGUAAAAACAUAUUAAUGUUGAUGUUACAAAGCUACCGUUUUGUGGUGAUUAUAUUUGAAGAACAGGGCGACCCAAAUGAUGUUGUUCCUCUAGGAAAAAUACAGGUUGACGAUCCUGCUAAAUUCAUCCCUGAAGCGAGUGAUUUCAAAGGAAACCCAGGAGUUCAAGACACUGUACAUAAAAAUGACAGGAUCCCAUGA